AUGGUCGCCGGCGCGGACCUUUUUGAUGCGCACCAUGCGUAUCUCUUGGGUAAUUUUCAGCACGCUUUAAGGAUCCUUCAGAAAAUAAAGGUAAAAUCUAGUUGGAGGUACUUUAUCAUUCUCCAGGACAAGGAAUUGCAGUUAAAGGUCGACGUACUCACGUACCGCGUUUACCUAGCUCAGAAAAAGUACGGUGUUGUGUUAGAUGAAAUACGGGAGGAUUCGGAACAUAUUGAGCUCCGGUUCAUUCGCCUUCUAGCCUCUUUCUUCACAUCCACAAACGCAAAAGAACGGGUUUUACGAGAAGCAGAAAAGCUUUUGACGGGAACUUUAGGCGAGGACGCAGAAUUAGUUCUAGUCCUGGCCGCCACUCUGUAUCUCAAUGCAGACCUGCCUGAGCUGGCUUUGAAGACACUUCAUCCAGGCGAGGGUGUCUAUUGGCUUGUUUUGGACAAAAAAGAGGCGACGACGGGGGAGGGACUAAGUUCUAGCCUACCACAGUCAUUUGGAGAGGCUCACUUCCAGACACUCAUUCAGGUAAUCUGGAUAGAAACCGCCAACAGGAACGCCAUUGACAUCCAUCGACAACUAUAUCUUGCAGCAUCUCCAAUCAGAUGUUCUUCCGGCGCUAAACACACUCUUCGAUGUAAGUUCCCGUGGCACAACCGAACACUCGCUUCCCCAUUGCUCGUCACGAGUCCUCCGACACCAGUCCCCACGAGCUAUGGUUCUGAGACAACGGAUGUUGAAGACCGAAAGGCCUCUCGGUCCCGCUGCUGGAACAGGCCAACCUUCACAUCCAUACAAAAAAACAGCCCGUACUGUAGCCUGAUACACACGCCUUUUGGGAAUCAAGGAUAUACAGCUUUGACGCCGUAG